AUGGCCGGGCUGGAGGGAGGCCCCGAAGGCGAGCCCCGGGCCCCCGGGCUGAAGAAGUGCGAGGCCCACGGGCAGGAGCUGGCCCUCUACUGCCAGGAGCACCGGGAGAUGGUCUGCGUGGUCUGCGCCCUGGCCGGGCCCCACCGCCAGCACCGCCUCCUCACCCUCGGCGAGGCCUACCGCGCCCUCCGGGACAGAGAACCCGUCAACCUGAAAGCGGCCAUGCUCGAGAUGGUGAGGAGGUUACAGUUCAAGUGUGCAGACCCUAAAGUGACACAGGGUGAUAUGAAGCAAUGCAUUCAGCAAGAGUUUACCAAAGUGCGGCACCAGAUUUGUGAAGAAGAGCGACAAGCUCUCCACCUGUUGGAUCUCCAGGAAGCGUUGGCCAUUGUGCAUACCACGGAAAUCCUGGCGGACAUUGAUGCUCGAAUGGCAAAACUGAUGACUGAGAUGGCAGAACUCACAAGGCAGCUGGACAUCUUUAAUGAGCUAGCCCUACUCAAGCCUGAGAGCAUAGAUGAAGAAACCAGGCCUGACCAGAAUCCUCCUCCCAAUCUUCCCCAAAGAAACAGGAGAGACAGUGAUGAUGAUCCAUCAUUGGCCAAUGGACCUUGUUGAGCAGAGGGGAGUAGCAAGGAUACUGGAGAGUCUAAACAGAAGGAUGCCUCUACAUUCACACUCCAGGUGGUGAAGAUCUCUCGUGGUCUUCGAAAGACUAUAAGUCCUGAAUCUGUAAAAGAAACAGUCAAUUACCUUUGCCGUCUUAGCACCUUCUGUGUAUUAAGAUUGUCUUCCUUCUACCAGUUACAUCCUUUGCAACACCUCUUCAUGCCUAAUGAGAUUUGCUGAUCAGUCAUGUUCUUUCUAAAGUCAUCUUCCAAAAAACAAGGCUGAAAAUGUGCAGUUUGUAAUCAGAAUAAAAAUGACAUAUAGAGGUGGAAGUCCAACUGUAAAAGCUUUGCUGGUAUAGGGGUUCCGAGGACUUUAAUAAUUCAAUGCAGCUGAAAUGAUAGGGAAUAAAAUUGUAAUUUACAGUUCUCUUUUAAAAGACUAUUUGAGAUUCAGCAUUGCCUUCCUUAUCUUGUAUUUUGUUUUCAUUGCUGCUGUUUAAUUGCAUUUAGAAGGAUGCUUGACUAUCUGAUCUGCAACAGAAGCAAGAGACAUGUAUCAAGAUGCUCACAAACGGUUGUUUCUUGAUAGAAUUGCCCCUUUGAACAAAUCUUGCCCCCCAGAAAACUUUUAAUAGAUUCACUUCAUAGUUACCCGAAGUCAGAAAUGACUUGAAAGGUGCACCACAACAAUACAAGUGUUUGCGAGUUCCUGGUUCGGUUUUUUCUUUAUUCUAAGUACAAUCGGCUUUUCAGAUCUGCAGGCUCAGAUUUGCAAAUUUUAUAUACAUAGCACAGUAUGCAACAUAAAUAGUGAACAAGAGAGAGAGAGAGGAGUCUGGCAAGAGAAGCAAGUCUGGCAAAUGGCUUGGUAUGAAUCCACAUUUUCUCCCUUUCACAGAUCCUUGGUCUCUCUCCAACCUCACAACUUUCUCCAACCUUGUGUUUCAUUCAUUUGUCACUGUAUGUGAGACCUGUUCAUCUGCAGAUUUUUGGAUCCACAAGGAAUCCUGAAACCAAUCUCCUGCAGAUACAGGAGACUGUCUGUAGUCCCCUGAAGGUCUUAAAUGUAUGCAUUUCCUACUAAUAAACAUCUUCCUUUUCAGCAACCUAAGAUGUGAUUUUUGUUUCUCCUGUGGUUCCACCGGAUGCUCCCCAGUUUUUUGCUUCUUAGCUUUUCAGUAAUUUGCUCUCCCAUUAUCUGAGCAUCACAGUUGAGUGGAUGAUCUCAAGUACUAAGGAGGGGUACAAAAAUCCCACGUGGGCAUACAGCAAAGCGAGAACAAAGAGAGUCAAGGAAGCUAACCUAUAGUGAAGGUUGGUUUUCCUGAAGCACAAUGACUAGAUUCUCAAUUUCCUCCUCCCAUGAACAUCAGAAAUCAUUGAACAGCCACCUGUUAUCAUGAGUAGCAUAGAAAUAUUGAUCUAGUUUGCAUUAAGGAAUUGCAGUCAGCCCUCCAUAUCCAGAUUCUGCAUCUACACAUUUAACCAUCCAUGACUUUAAAAUAUUUCCCAGAAGAAAAAAAAAACUCUAGAAGCAAACCCUAAUUUUUCCAUUUUGUAUAAAGGACAACAUUUUACUAGAUUAUGGUUUAUAAUGAGACUUAAGCACCCACAGAUUUUGGCAUCCACGUGGGACCCUGGAAUCUAACCCCAGUGGAUAGCAAAUUUCUUGUAACUUUUCCAUGUGAACCUGAAGGAAGGGUCAUCAUGUAAAAUAUGCCUUUUUGCUAAUAUAUAUUUCUUGCUUGGAAUAAAAUCCUUUCCUUUUAAAAA